UGUGUGUGUGUGUCUUGUCAUCUUGGUGGGUGUGUUCAUCUCAUAUAUAGCAGCAGUGCGCUUGGUGGAUCCAUCAGACUGCAGAGAUGACACUCAGGGUCUGUCUCUGUGUGACCCUGCUGCUCAGCACAGCUACAGGCUUGCCGCGUCUCAACUCCCGGAGCUCUAUAGUUGGGGGAGAGGAUGCAGCCCCUGGAAAAUGGCCCUGGAUGGUGUACCUUCAGACCUAUAAUGGAACGCAUGUUAGCUCCUGUGGUGGUUCCCUUAUCAACACUGGAUGGGUUCUGACCGCAGCCCACUGCUUGGAUGAAUACAGCUUUCGUUUGGAACCAGUGUUGGUGGGCCAGCUGAAGCUUCUUGAGUCCACUGAUGGCUUGUACUACAACGUGCGUCGUGUCCUGAUCCACCCUGGUUACCGUGACGAUGCACAUGUGCAUGACAUCGCCCUGGUGCAGCUGAACGAGUUUGUGGACAUCUCCGAUCUUGUGAUGCCCGUGGCACUGCCCACCCCUUGGGACGUCUUCAGCGCCAGAUCUGAGUGCUGGGUCACCGGAUGGGGCAACGUGGAUGAGGGCAUUCCAUUAGAAGGUGAGGAGACUCUGCAACAGCUGAAGCUCCCCCUGGUGGAUGACGACACCUGCAGGAUGAUGUACCCCGGUACCAAUGACAACCAACUUUGUGCUGGAUACAUGGAGGGGGCCAAGGACUCAUGCCAGGGUGAUUCUGGCGGCCCCCUGGUGUGUAAGUCGGCAUCUGGGAGGUUUGUCCAGGUCGGGGUGGUGAGUUUUGGACAAGGCUGUGCCCGGACUGGCUACCCUGGGGUGUACACACGUGUGAUCAGUUACACCAAGUUCAUCCAAGACGCCAUCCGCAAAUAUAGCUGAACCACAGCACCCUCUAAUGGUCACUCAGGGAGGAGAACUACACCUCCACCUGAUAUUUCUCUGUCCUUCUCUCCUGUUUCUCUUCUGCAUCUUCCCUUUUCUAUCUGAUCAAUAAAAUCUUUAGCAGC